CACCAGUAACGUGUUUAGCUUGGAUUAAUACUGUAUUGGUGUUUAGCAACAGAGCCGCAACAUCUGAUGCUUAUAGUUAUGCGGUGUGUUUGUGUUGUAAUCACGGGUUUAAUCCUUGCUGCAAACGCGGUGAAGUUCCUGAUCGUUACACACGAUGGGGUGAGGCUGUACAAUAUGGCCGGAGGCUACAAGAACGUGAUCCUGUUGCAGGACAUGGUCAAGGAUGUUGACUACCAUCUCGCCCGGAAUGACGUUUAUGUGAUGACUUAUAGGCAGAUAAUAAGAACACCUCUGGAAGGGCGUUCCACCCAAAACUACACCGUUAUAGCAGAUCCUGAAGACGAGUACCGCUUCACCUCCUUGGCUGUAGACUGGGUUCACGAAGUCCUCUACUGGACGAGUGGACCAAUCUUGGUAAUCCACCAAGCUUGUCUUAACGGCUCUGAACAGCGGAUCAUCCUCAGGUGCUGUUACAUCGAGAAACAUCUGAACAAACUCUUGGUGGAUCCCUAUGUUGGACGUCUUUUCUGGAUGACCAACAACGAAGUACAUUCCGCUAAUCUUCAAGGUAAGGAAUACAAGAAAGAUAUCUUCCCAAAAAUCAGCAGUAUUAGGGACAUUGCCAUAGACGUGUAUCGACAAAGAAUCUACUUUCUGGCCGCUUUUAGUGGCGACGACACGUGGUUCGUAACAUCAAGCGGAUACGACGGUGGAUACCUAAAGAGGCAUGUCCAGGCUCCAAGAGUAAUGUACGGGCUCGGAGCUCAGAGAGAUGAAGUCUACUGGAUACCGCAUGACGACGACAGUUGCGUCUGGGAGGGCAACGAUGUGUAUCGGCACAGAUUCACUCUCUACUCAGCUUCUACAGAGGAUAACUCAACUGCUCGCCCAUUGCUAAUGUUCCCGGAGCCUGUAUGGAAUUUACGAGUGAUUCAGUCAGACCUUAUGGAAGGAAACAGUUCACAUGGAAUGUGCACAUGAUAGGAUACUUCACUUGUACGAGUAUGAUAGGCUGCAUGCCAUUGAAAUAUUCACAGUUUGCGGCAUUCCUUACAUAAGGUUCUCUCCGCAUGGCUGGCUGGAAGAAGUUUCUAGGUGUUUACAACCUGUAAUCGUCAUUAAAACUUCGAUUUGUAAUUUUCAAAAACCAAUAAAUAAUCAUGGUAGUAAACGGGUAAAGAAGUUAUAUGAUUCUCUUUACUGUACGAAUAUCUGUUUCAUACUAUUAUUCAUUUACCACCUGUACAUUUACAAAAACUAUUGAAGAAGAGAAAUAAACCCCUUUCAAAGUGC